AUGGCAGCAUCCCUUCCUUCGAAGGAUGAUGCAGGUUGCGUCAUUUUACUUACCCUCGGACUUAUCCUUGCAAUUAUUCCCGUUUUGGAACACGGAAAUGCAAUCAGCCCUUUCAGUUGGUACCCGCGUGAUAACUUUGACUACAUAAUGGAGAAAAUGAGUCGUGCAAACCCGAAUAACUGCAAGUACUUGUCCGAGGCUGAUCUCACACUACCCGCCACUACAAUCAGCCAAAUGCCCAAGUACAAUCACAUUCCGCUUCAAGUCUGGUAUUCAAAUCGCUCGAAACUUCUGCAUCUGCACAACCUGGCUCUCAACAGGGCCUUCUUUUAUUCCUUCAUUCUACAACGUCUAAAUGACACUAGAACGGGACCAGCCCUGUUGCCUUCGCACAUUUACUACUACUUUGCUGGAGCAGCCGACAUUUCAUCGGGUCCCAAUGCUGUCAACACGAGCGGGAUCUACAUGGACACGAACUGCUCCUAUGCCAGCUGGUAUGUGUCGGACAGUGUCAAUACCACGUUCCCUUUGUUUGCUCCUGUCACACGUCGGUUAGACAACUGGAAUGACGAGACGAACAUUCUGCGGAUUCCAACUAAUGAUACAAUCGAGCUCACAGACAUGGGUGCUGGUCCAUUCAACAACUACACAGCGCCCUGGUACAAGAAUAACCCCUACAUCCACGACACGGAGAUGGGCAUUGCGUUCAUUCCGGACCAUCGUGGCACGGCAAUCGGCAAGAACCAGUACGCCACACAGACCCGACUGGCGGACAUCAACGGGAACCCCAUUGAGAGGAUCGAGGCGUUCAACUUCUUUGGGCCGAACGCACCGGGCAUUAAGGAGACCUUCCUGCCGGUCAGGUUCACUCGACCCUACUACGACUGCGGCCACAGCAAUCGGUGGAUUGUGAGCGCGGUGUCUGCCCUCUCUGACUACAUGCCACGCUACUCCCCUAUCGAUCGUCUGAGGGGACCAAGAAUGGUUGGUGUUACUGUCACCAGUAUGGAUUUCCUGCGAAUCGACUUCAAUCCCUGCCCACCGAGCCUGGGAAAUCCGGAUUAUUUUUUGGCUGGCACUGCCCGCUGCAAGCCCACCACCAUGUGCGUUCCACUAUCGGGCUUCGGGUUCGCCAGGGGUGGAUACGAGUGUGUUUGUCAGCCGGGCUAUCGUCUUCCAAUGCAACAAAACGGGCCGUUUCGUGGAAUAGACAUCGAGCAGGCAACCGAACUGGAAUACCAAAAUGGAUUCGACUGCCUCCCCAUCGGCUGGCGCGAAGUUGUGCCCCACGAAAUCGCCAAAGAUCGGCACUUGCAGGAGGGUGGAAUGGACCAGCUGCCGCAACAACGACCCAGACGAAGUUCUCUAGAAAAUGCCACACAGCCGCCGUGGUAUAAACGACCGCUUGAGUUGGCCAAGUCAUCUUCGGUAUAUGCGGCGUCGCUUGUUGCGUCGACACUAAGACGUUUCGGUGUUCUGAAACGCCAGGAUGACCAGCCCCUGAACGACAUAUUCCAUAAAGUGGACGAUACUGCGGGAUUCCGAGACGCACAACCAACAGAGCCACCGUCCAGCGUCAGAGCGCAUUAUCGUGGCGUGAAUGCGACCUGCACAGUUCCUGGGAUUGCAAACAACGUGUCCUACUGUCCAGCCGAGGAAAUUCCCGUCCAGAGAAAGCGCAGAGACAUCGACAUUCCCUUCUACUACGUCGGCGAUGGUUACACCUUCAAUCAAGAAGCCUACGACGAGGUAAGCCUGCUCGACAUCCACCUCUCUCUUUGGUCAAUCUGUGACACCGCAAACGGCGCAGGCGUUUUCAGUGAAUUUGUCGGUCUUUCCCCAAUAGGAGUUGGCGUGCAGGAGGGUCACAAAGUGACAUUCGAUGCAAUGUCUCCCUUACAGGCUAUCCGACUCAUCGCCUCCAUUGACAACGUCACUACGGAGAACUGCGCGUCAAUGACGUCCAAGCAGCUGCAGAUGCCGUCGGGUGUGAGUUACGGCGCGGAGGCGCAGUUCGAGAUGGAGGGGCGGGUGGCGCUGCGUCUGGCGCACUUCCUCUCCGCCUACUACCAGAACAACAUCGUCGGCGAACUCUACGGCAACCUUAGGGUGCGUGGGUUGUCUUGUGUAUGCACAUUAAGACACCACAAGAUAAUAUCAGGUUUAUUUUCUCCGAGGCUAGAGUUUUGUUUAGAACACAAACACAACAUUUUAACUGGGCGACACUUGAGGGAUUGCGUGGUCCACUUAACAUCUCUCCAAUCUCCUGUAGAGAUAAGUAACCGCAAUCCCAUUCCAUCAGGUGCAUGA